AUGGGUCUCAUGAGCGAGAAGUUAGGCACCUUAACCCAACGUUUGGUUCAUCCCACAGCGCCAGUUCUGCUUACCAAAAAUGGCCCACUUGGAGCUCGCGUUCGUGUCACACAGUUCAAUAAAGAAACCGAGACAACAUACCCCAUUGAAAGUCGUUUCGACCCCAAGUCCUCUAAUCAUUCGCUUUACCGAUAUAACCGCGAUGAACUCCAGCUAUCCUGGGGAAACUUCGGAGACCAGCUACUAGAUGGUUCGAUUAGUCUUUCGCCCUAUACCCAAGUCUAUCGAUCGAUUUGCACGUCAGAACCGAUACGGACUUCCAUCAGAGUUUCCUCUGACUUCGUCCUGCUCAGGCAUAGUUCACCAUCUUUCGGGUCGCAACCUGUACGCUCUACCGCUGCCCAUCUGCAUGCAGACAAGACAGGGCCAUGGUGCGCUACUUCGAAAAGUAAUCCAAUGUCAGCCGGCUGCACUUUCAAGCAACCCGACUCUAAGAUAUAA